GCAGCAUGCCGCCACGCUGGAUGCGCCGGCUAGCAUCACGGGGAUUGUUAAAGCUGUUAGUGCGGUUGGUUAGAACUGAGUAGUGUAGAGGGCAGUUAUAAAGCCAAUGGCUCUCCCAGCUCACGAUACCAGCAAUUCACUCAUCCCUUACUACUUCAUACAGAUACCCUUUCUCCAAUUUCCUCUCACACAUUCAUCAUGACAGACCCUCAGACCCAAACUGCACCGCAGAACCAGAACAAUGGCAAGCACCGCUUCGAUCCUAACUUCACAGCCUCCGUCAUCAACGCCAUCGGGCCCAACACGCCAGAUAGGACUCGCUUUGUCAUGACGUCGCUGAUCACACAUCUGCACGACUUCAUCCGCGAGGUCGAGCUGACCAACGACGAGUGGUUCGAGGGUGUCAGAUUCGUCAACUCGAUUGGCAAGACGACAACGAACACCAGGAACGAGGCACAUCGCAUCUCCGAUGUCUUGGGCGUAGAGUCAUUGGUUGACGAAAUCGCACACAUGCACAUCAACGAGUCCGGCGAGACACCUACCUCUUCCACCAUCCUGGGCCCCUUCUGGUCCCCGCACUCUCCCUUCCGCGACCUUGGCGACUCCAUCAUCCGCAACCCGCACGCCGAUGGCCAAAAGACACUCAUGCACGGCGUCGUGCGCGACCUAGACACCAAGAAGGGCAUUCCAGGCGCAGUCAUCGACAUCUGGCAAGCGAGCGCGAACGGAAAGUACGAUUUCCAGGACCCAGAAAACCAGGAGCCAAACAACUUGAGGGGCAAGUUCACCACGAAUGAGAAGGGCGAGUACUGGUAUUACUGCUACAAGCCGACGGCGUACUCUCUGCCUACAGAUGGUGCCGCAGGUGCACUCUUCAAAGCGCUCGACCGCCACCCCUUCCGCCCCGCACACAUCCAUCUCAUGGUCUCGGCAGACAACUACAAGCCAUUGAUCACACAGCUGUACCCACGCGACGACCAAUGGGUCAGCAACGACACGGUGUUUGCCGUGAAGGACGACUUGCUGCUCGACUUUGAGCCCAGCAAAAACCCAGAGGCCAAGCUGGAUCUGGAAUACAACGUCACCCUUGCGCCCGCAGGCAAGAAGACAACUCGAUUGGAAGGAAUUCCCCGGUUGCCAAAUGUGUUUGACGAGCAGAGUCGGUUGUAGUUCGAAUUGAUCAAUUUUUGGUGCGAAGGAGCAUUCUGUUAGCGUAUCAUUACCGCUUUUUCUUUUCCUUGUAAAAACUGUGCGCGAUGCAGAUUCGUUCUUUGUAGGGAAUGAAUCCACCAGUUUGACUGAGACUUUUUUAAUCAAUGUUUUGGAUGAGCACGUGGGGAUGCGUUGUGAAACUUCUCGGCGCCUUUUCGAAACGCCGUUUUGAAAACGACUUUGGGGGUGUUCCUGGCUGAGCUGCAGCAGAAAUCGUACAUGCGUGCAAUGUAUCACAUGAACAGGAUAGAGCCUGAGCUGAGAAUCAAAUAUUUUAAGAG